GAGGCCCUACUUCAAGAAUUAUAGAAUUAGUGCCCACUACACUAGUGCAGUCUACCGAAUUCGCCAUUAGACUACUUUGGAGCACUUUGGAGUAUUCAUAAACUCUUGAAUUCUUGACUAGAACGUCUGGCACUUCGUCUGGAAGCAGACGUCGUUUGAAGUAGCUUAAAUUAAAUCAGUCAGCCAGCAAGAAUUCUGACAUCAUGGCUCUGCUGCCAAAAGAGUCUGCGAAGCUAAUCGCCGGCUUGGCGAAGGAUGUAUUCAUCGAGCAGGCAGGCGUAAAGAAACUGGCAUUGGCAAUCCUCGACGGUUUAAAGACUAGUAAGAUCAGCAAGGGCAAUUUCUCACAGAUCAGAUUUCACCCCAAGCCUGACGAUCCCAGGGCGGCGGACUGGAUAUUCGUGCUGGACACGUUGAACUUCUCGUUUUGGACCGAGACCGGCGCGGAAAAGUGGAGUGUCAAUGGAGAGACUGGCUACUUUGCGUUCUGUGCCGCUGUAAGCCGAGCCAUCGACGAAGGGAAACCUAUGUGGGAUCCCAAGUAUUAUUCGCAAAUAACGCAGCAAGAUGCAGAGAUUAUUUUCCGAGGUGAAGACGAUGUACAAAUUCCGCUUAUACACGAAAGAAUCAAGGGUCUGCAUGAGGCUGGAAAGAUUCUGCUGGACAAGUAUAAGGGCACGUUUGUGGAGUGCAUCAAGUCGUGCAACGGCUCUGCGGAGAAGCUGCUGCAGUUGAUUGUCAAAGAAUUUGAGUCGUACCGGGAUGAGGCUGAUUACGAGGGGCACAGGAUCAGCAUUUACAAGAGGGCUCAGAUAUUGAUCGGCGACAUCUGGGCCUGUUUCGAAGGACGCGGGCUCGGCAAAUUCGAUGACAUCGACAGCAUCGCGAUGUUCGCCGAUUACCGUAUCCCACAAGUGCUUGUACAUUACGGCACUAUGCGCUACAGUGAUUCGCUGAUGAGCAAGCUGAAAUCCGACGAGCCGUUGAAGCAGGGCAGCAGGGAGGAGGUUGAGAUACGUGCCUGCUCGAUUGAGGCGGUCGAGCGGGUGUGCGACGAGGUGCGGUGUUUGAUCGCAGCCGAUUCGAAAUUGGACUUAAAUCCGUCGAAAGAUGUCAACGCAAUCGUGAUCGACCAUUACCUGUGGGACUAUCGACGAGAGUAUGCGCAAGAAUUGGAGCACAUACCAUUCCACAAAACAAGAACCAUUUACUACUAGAGAAUUGCGCGGGACGCAAGGAUAUAUACUGAACGAAGAAACAAAAAGAUUCCAUAUAUCAAAUUUCGAAGAAAGCAAAUUACAUCUCUAUUCCUUCAAUUGUUCAAUUAUAUUUUAUUAUAUUUUGUAAUGUUCUGUGUAUAAAAUGCAAGAUAAAAUGAAAUAAAGUUUAUAUUACAUGUUUCAAGA